UGUUUAUUCACAUAAUCUCAUAGAUCCUAAUGGCUUCGGGUACUAUGUGCAUGUGCAGCUAGUUUGAAUAUCAUCCCACCAGGUAUCGCUAUGGAUGGUAGUUUGUUCGUUUGUUUAUUUUCGUCCAAGGAACAAAGACCUCAGUAUGAACGCGUGUGCCGCUGGAAUGUAUGUUGGACCUAGCCUGGAUUGUCGAUAAAUUCCAUCGAGGAAUAACACCAAACAUGGCAUCUUUUUCUUUACGCAUCCGGCCCUAGCUGUGCUGAGCUUCGAGGGGUUGAAGAUUCCCUGCCGAAUCAUGCGACAUGAACCAAUGGCUACCUCUCGCAUCGCCUCAUAUCAUGCCCCAAAGCAGGAACUGCCGCGGCGUGCUCAUACGGGAAACAUGUCGUUGAGUCUCGCUUUAGCCCUCAAAGACAGCGCGCUAGGAACAACUCCGUUGGGCCAUCAGCAAACUUUCUUGUCUUUACUCAAAGCAGACGCUCCUUAUGUUGUCGCUGCUAUCCCACGUAUUCUCUCCGCCGUCGGCGCGUCAAUAAUUGAUCGUCGACGGGAAGCAAGCUGGGCUGAGUUACGGGAAAUAGCAUUUUAUUCCCUGCUAUCGCUCCUCGAGAUACAAUUAUUGCUAUCUAUCUCUCUACUGUGGCUAGCGUUUCCUGGCUUAAUCCUUUUACCUUGGUUGGCCUUGCAAACAGCUUGUGUAUGGAUUCUUAUCCGUUAUAUAAACGGUGGGCCGCGGCCUUCAAAAUUCGUCACGGAGAGGUUUCAAGAUGACAUCUCAAGUAGCGAAGAGCAGCGCUUCGAUUGGUUUGUUGUUGGUGGAUUUAUGCACGAUGAGCACAUGCGCCAGGAGCUUGCACCAAAACUAACGAGAAUCUUUGGUCACGACAUGCACAUCUUCGUGGCUUAUAAGCUAGGCUUCUUAUUCGACAUCAUGCUUAUAUUCCUCCAACGAAGUCUCCAUAUCCCUACGACAAGAUCUUCAAACCUCUAUAACUCCGUUCGAGCAAGCCUAUUGAAGCCAGAAACGAAAGGUGUUCGCAUCCUUGCGCAUAACACGGGGGCUCUGGAUGUCUCAUGGCUACUCUCCCGCCUUUGUGCCGAUUUCCCUCCUGGAGAUCGACUAGGCAAGCUCCAGGUGUUCACAUUCGGCGCUGCAUCCAUAGAAAUGACCUUGCCUCUUGGACAUGUCUCAUACCAACGAAUCGAGGAUGACUCGGAAUCCCUUUACCCUUUAGUCACCCAUUUUGCGUUUACAGAUGACCCAUUUGCGCAAAUCGGCGUGCUUCUUGGGAUACGCCAGAGGUUAGAAGGUCGCUUCGUAGGUAGUCUAUACACCAUUCAUACCACUACGCUAGUUUCAGCAAAGUCUCGCCUAUUACCUCAUAGUCGUCAUUACACCCUGGAUGACUACUUCAACGCUCUCCUACCCGAUGGGAAUCCUCGACACGGCGUACUCAGCCAAGUAUGCAAAAUAGAUCGCGAACUGAGUGAAAUGCGAGAGCUGGCUGCCUUGGCACAGAGCGUUACUAACGAGCGGCUAAGGACACGAAGGCAACGUCUAAGCUGGACCGCGCUUGGAGCGACGGCAAAUACCACGUCCAGUGGAUACGAUGGGCGCGAUGAUAAGUCACAGCCUUUCUCUCUGGAAGAAGUUAGGAAGGAAGGCAGGUCUUUGGAAGGGCUCAGGGGGUAUGAAAACAACCCACUAGUAAAUGCAGUGAAUGAUGCUAGAUAUCGCAUGCGUUCUAAGAAACACGCGACGGGUGCAAAAGUCAUGGCAAACACCGAAGCUUUAAGAGUGAAUCCCGGUAAGUACAAAUACUAAAGGUGUCAUUAUUACGGAAUGAGACCUCUGCUAGGAAAUAGUAUUGUAACAUACUCAAAGGGGAGGAGGAGGAACGGCGACGGGGUUCGCAGUCUAUAUUCUCUUUAGAUUUACCCGUUAUACAGUCCAGCUAGUAAACAUACC